AUGACCCGGUCUACGUUGCUUAAUUCCUCUCUGGUGAUACACUCUGCUGAAGCCAGAGACUCAGCUGUGUAUUACUGCGCCUCCAGUAUAGCACAGUGGUUCAGAAAGCCUCAACAGCUAAACAACAACCUCAAGAGAAACACAAGAGGAGGGAUGAGUGACAAGGACCAAUCUGUCACAAAAAUAGCAGCAGUCAGGUUGGAGCUGGUUCAGCCGUCAGUCAGCCCGACCUGUGCAGCUGCUCUCACAGACAGAGAGAGAUGGAGGCUGAGAUAUGGGGAAGCUGGGUGGGGGAAGCGAAGAGGAGGCAACGAAAGAGACUUCAGGUUUUUGUGUGAUGCUUUUUCACCGUGGGGACAGGGGGCCACGCCUUGUAUCAGUGUGAACAACAAUGAGCCUGCUUACUUUGGCAGUGGCACCAGACUAACAGUCCUGGAAAAUGAUGUAUCACCACCAACAGUGAAAGUGCUUCCACCUUCGCCAAAAGAAUGUCGCAAGCAGAAAUACGAGCACAGGAGGAAGACCUUAGUUUGUGUGGCCACUGAAUUCUACCCAGACCAUGUCAGUGUAUUCUGGCAGAUCGAUGGGAAGAAAGUCAUCAAGGGUGUGGCGACGGACAACACUGCCCUGCUGAAAGAAGGCACUUACAGCAUCACCAGCAGGUUGAGGGUCUCUGCCAAUGAUUGGUACACACCUGACAGUCAUUUCACCUGCAUUGUCAGCUUCUUUGAUGGAAAAGAAACCAAAUCUUAUCAGGAUUCAAUUCUUGGUGAAAAAGAGGUGACGAUGACAAGAGGCAAAUAUUUGAAGAUCACAAAUAAUGCCAAACUCUCCUACGGUGUUUUCAUCGUCAAGAGCAGCGUCUAUGGAGCCUUUGUUGUGUUUCUGGUGUGGAAGCUUCAGGGAAAGCACAACUGAGAGCUGAGCUGCAGCCUGAACAAGUGAACUCUCAGAGAUCGAUUCUGUUAGUUUCUGUAAAUAAAGAUUGAGAACAUUGAACUUAUAUUUCUUAUAUUUCCACUAUGUUGUGUGUUACAAAGCAUUCGCGCUCUUAAUAGUAAUUCUGCACACAGUAGAUGAACAGUUUCAGGCAUAUUUUUGUUACAAUAUUAAAGCUAUAACUGGCAUAAAAAUAAUUUUGCAUCACGUUUUUAUAAAUACGUCUGUAUAAUGUGUGGUAGUGUGUGGUUGUAAACUGCUUGUUUGCUACAUUUUCUUUUCAAUAAAAGUAUUUCAGAGAAUCUUGAAAA